AUGUCUCUCAACGACAAGGAUGUCACGCUCGGCGGCAACAAGGGCAUCGACCUCCACCCCGGCGUCGCCAACCCCACCAGCUCGUCGACGCACGCCGAUCCGCUCGCCGCCAACUUCGUACGGGUCACGGACCCGACGUCUGACGACGUCGGCGCAGGCGCGGGCCCCGACUUCUCCGGCGACCGGGAAGCGGCGCGCAACUUCAGUAAGACCUCCGGCGUCGUCGAGGGUCGCCCCGGCAUCAUCGAGUCCGCCAACAUCGACCCGCUGAACGAGAACUCGAACAAAGAGGACGGCUGGGCGAACGCGACAAACGCGCCGUCGUCUACUGGUGCGACCGCAGGCCCCACCGCGUCGUCAUACGCGUCGAACGCCACCACGGCAGCGGCGAGCGCAGCAUCCGUCGCGGCUGGUGCAGCGAAGCUCGCUUACGGGCACGCAGCUGGCGACGAGGCGACGAAGCAGGCAGGCAAGGAGGCUGUCUGGGGCAAGGCAAACAACUAAGUGGGGAAGUCUGACGUCGGAAGAAACAUUGUACAGUAUACCAUUGGGGACGCACCGACAAUAUUUGUAGCGCUGGAUUGUACCAUCGUGGACCAGUACCAGAGAUCAGGGUGAACCAUAAACGCCGCUUACGCAUCUAGUAUGCAUUUCCUGAAUGUGAUGAUGUUUGAAUCGGGCAGGGCGGCGCAG